CAGCUCCUGAUGUGGACCGUCCGCGUGAGGUGCUGACCCAAAUAUAAUCCAGACUUGAUGGUAGGCUGUCCAACUUGAAACCCGUGCGCUGAUUCUGGCACAAGUUGCGCAUCAAAGCCGCUUCCAUAUGAUACAGAAAGUUAACAUCAUUCAUCACAAGUGAUAUGCCCGCAAAUCUCCAUGCAAACCUCUGGUCAGUGAUCCGACAGGAUAGCAUCAGUACUACUGCUCGAGAAGACGACGAGGAACCCUUCCUCCCCGUUUACGAACCCCCUGUGGGAAGCAGAGUUAGAAAUUCUGUACCGCCACUCGCACCGGCAAGGUCGACUACUUCAAAUCCCUCAGAGUCAUUUUUGCAGAUGGACACGCAACAGACAGUGGUAUACACCUACAACUUAAGAGCUGGGUCUGCUCCGCUGCAGUUCUCCGUGCUCAUUGAACCCGAAACAGAUCAACCAAAUCACUACAUCUUCUCCCUCUCAAUGAAAGCUGGUCACGUCGAGAGAGCACUCUGUGCUCCACUCACCCUGAGACUAUCAAUAGAUCCCCGGCGGCUGGACUUCUCUGUGUUCGUCUUCCCUCCACGAACGAGCUUACCGGCUGGCUGUCUGUACAGCCUGCGCGUCUGGCUCCACACUGCAGGCAUCGACCACCGGAUAUUUAGCGACAAUGAUCUUUGGGUUGGGAGAGACCCCGACUUCCGAUCUGUUGGAGACGCCUCAUUCGCUGUAUUGCGAAAUGCAACGCAAGAUAUGCUAAUAUAUCAGGGUGUCGUGGGUCGUGCGCACGUUAGCUUCAUCAUAAGAUGGAAGAUCGUAGAAGUCGGCCUAUAUAGUAUUUCCUUCGAGUACGAAGCCGGAGGCGCCGGACAAACACUCUUUGAAGACUGCUACCUUAGACUAGACUGCGAACCACAAAUCGUCACAUUCAUGAUCUACACCAUACCCGUAACCUCAACGCCUCCAGGAGCAUCUCACCGCCUCCGCUUCUGGCUUCGCACGCCCUUCGUAUCACAUUCCCCCGCCUCCUCCGCCACCUCUCAAUCCGGCGAAUCCUACAUCUACCAGCGCCUCUGGAAAUCAGACGAAUUCAAGCUCGGCGCGGGUCUCAACUUUGAAGCACUGGGCUCAAAACUCGAGAUGGGCGUCCGCGAUCCAGAUUCACCGCGGAUAGAACGUGAUUUCCCGCGUUUGAACCCCAAUUGGCCUCGGGCCUCCCGGACACCUGUGGAUGCAGUUGGUAGUUCGUCAAGGCAUCUCCCACUACAUCGUUGAUCCAUGACUGUAUUUAUACUAUCAUAUCCAGUACUCUGCACAGGGUACCUAAUAUGCAAAAGGUUUAUAGCAUUUCAACAUCGUACUCGACUGGCGUCUGAAAAAUUCAGGCAUAUGCAGAGUACCUAUAAAUUAUGUAUUGUACAAGUAGAACGAAAGUUUCUUGGAUGUUGCAACUGCGAGAGAUGAAAUAGUGGUAUUUUGCAACCUUGCUCGAAUACAAAUCACCCAGAUCCCAAAGAUCCUGCAAAGGUAUUCGUAAAGUUUUACCCGGAGCACGAGGAUCAUCUUGUAGGGAUGCCAGAACACAAAUUCGAUAGAGAUGAUUCUCUUGCGUUGAGGUGCUAUGGUGGUAG